AUGAUAAUAUGUUCUUUUGAUGUUAAGGCGGAGACUGACCAGAAUGAGCAACUGCUUGAGGGAUUUAAAAGACUUGAAGAAAGGCUUGAGAGACAAGAGGAGCUCAAUUUGAAGUUGCAGGACAUGUUGCGGCAUCAGGAAGAAAGGCUUGAGAGACAAGAGGAGCUCAAUUUGAAGUUGCAGGACAUGUUGCGGCAUCAGGAAGAAAGGCUUGAGAGACAAGAGGAGCUCAAUUUGAAGUUGCAGGACAUGUUGCGGCAUCAGGAAGAAAGGCUUGAGAGACAAGAGGAGCUCAAUUUGAAGUUGCAGGACAUGUUGCGACAUGAGAAAGAAAGGAACAAUGCACAAGAUGCCAUUAUAAAACAACAAUAG